AUGUGCGAAACAAAUAUAAAUGACUGCGCAUCUAAUCCUUGCUACAAUGGUGGAUCUUGUAAGGAUGAAAUCGAUGGAUACAAAUGUGUUUGUCAACCUGGCUGGACUGGCAAACGCUGUGAACGAGAUAUUGGUAACUGUAUGAACAGACCUUGUCAAAAUAACGCAAACUGCAUAGAUCUUUUCCAAGAUUAUUUCUGUGUGUGUCCAAGCGGCACUGAUGGCAAACAAUGUGAAACAGCUCCAGAACGUUGCAUUGGAAGUCCAUGCAUGCACGGAGGAAAAUGCCAAGAUUUUGGCUCUGGUCUCAACUGUACCUGUUCUCAAGACUAUACAGGCAUUGGAUGUCAGUACGAAUUUGACGCAUGUGAAGCUGGUCUGUGUCAAAAUGGUGCUACAUGUGUUGAUCAUGGAGAGGGAUACACUUGUUUGUGCGCUCCAGGUUUCAAAGGAAAGAACUGUGAUGAAGACAUAAUGGAUUGUAAAGAAAAUUCAUGUCCACCGUCCGCAACAUGUAUUGAUUUACCUGGUCGAUUUUACUGCCAGUGUCCAUUUAAUCUCACUGGGGAUGACUGCAGAAAGAGUAUCAGCGUGGAUUAUGAUCUCUACUUCAGUGAUCCCUUACGGUCAAGUGCUGCUCAGGUUGUACCUUUCGACACCGGAUCAGCUGACAGUUUAACAAUAGCUAUGUGGGUCCAGUAUACUCAACAAGAUGAAGGAGGCAUUUUCUUUACCGCUUAUGGUGUCAGCAAUUCACACAUAGCAUUAAACCGAAGAACUAUAAUUCAAGCACAUUCCAAUGGUGUCCAAGUAUCUCUGUUCCCUGAACUUCAAGAUGUGUACAUGAGCUUUGGUGAAUUCGCAACCAUAAAUGACGGUCAAUGGCACCACGUCGCGCUCGUUUGGGAUGGGGGCAAUGGCGGUGAAUUGACUCUUAUCACAGAAGGCUUGAUUGCUAGUAAGAUUGAAGGCUAUGGAAGCGGACGAACUCUACCGCAAUAUGUUUGGGUAACACUUGGCAAGCCUCAGUCCGACAACCCCAAAGCGUAUACAGAGUCUGGAUUCCAAGGACAUUUAACAAAAGUUCAAAUAUGGAACCGUGCUCUUGAUGUAACUAAUGAAAUUCAAAAACAAGUCCGUGAUUGUAGAACUGAACCUGUUCUGUACAGCGGUUUAGUUUUGACUUGGGCCGGAUAUGAAGAUAUUAUAGGAGGCGUUGAAAGACUUGUACCUUCUCAUUGUGGUCAAAGAGUAUGUCCUAACGGUUAUACGGGUUCCAAAUGCCAGCAAUUACAAGUAGAUAAAGAGCCACCUAGAGUAGAUCGCUGCCCCGGAGACUUAUGGGUUAUUGCUAAAAAUGGGUCUUCUAUAGUCAAUUGGGAUGCCCCAGUUUUUAGUGACAAUGUUGGCGUGGCACGUAUUGUUGAAAAGUCUGGUCAUAAGCCUGGUGAGAAUUUAGCUUGGGGAGCGUACGACAUCGCGUACGUCGCAUACGAUGCAGCUGGAAACGCUGCUACUUGUAAAUUCAAAGUCACCGUUUUGUCUGAAUUCUGUCCUCCGUUGCCCGAUCCACUUGGGGGAUAUCAGUCGUGUCGUGACUGGGGUGCUGGGGGUCAGUUCAAGGUCUGCGAGAUCGCAUGUCGCGAUGGCCUUAGAUUCUCGCAACCGGUCCCACCAUUUUACACAUGUGGAGCUGAAGGAUUCUGGCGACCUACUAACAACCCCAGCCUUGCACUUGUUUAUCCAGCUUGUUCACCGGCCACUCCAGCUCAGCGUGUCUUCAAAGUAUCAAUGUUGUUCCCGAGCUCCGUGCUCUGUAAUGAUGCAGGCCAGGCUGUGCUAAGGCAGAAAGUCCGCAGUGCAAUUAAUCAACUGAACAGAGACUGGAACUUCUGCUCCUAUGCUAUAGAUGGUACAAGGGAAUGUAAAGAGUUAGAUAUCAACGUGAAGUGUGAUCACCGUGCUAAUGUUCGACAAACGCGUCAAGUGUCCACUUUACCUACCGUCAAAUCAGAAGAUACAUAUGUACUAGACGCUAUAAUACCAGUCGACGAGGCACGAAGCAGUAGAGAGGGUCGGCAAGCCGGUGACACGUACAACGUGGAGGUUUCUUUCCCAGCCGUAAAUGACCCUGUUAUCCACGGCGGUACCAACGAACGAUCGACUGUACAACGAUUGCUCGAAAAACUAAUCCUCGAAGAUGAACAAUUCGACGUACGAAACAUUCUGCCAAAUACUGUUCCCGAUCCGGCGAGUUUGCAGCUUGUUUCCGACUAUGCUUGCCCAAUGGGGCAGGUCGUGAUGGCUCCUGACUGUGUAUCAUGCGCGGUGGGAACUUAUCUGGACGCUGCUAGUGACUCCUGCAAGCCUUGUCCUGCCGGCACGUACCAGUCUGAAGCCGGGCAAUUGCAAUGCACUCCUUGCCCCGCCAUUGCCGGUCAACCAGGCGUCACUCAAGCCACAGGAGCUAGAAGCGCAGGAGAUUGCAAAGAGAGAUGCGCGGCCGGCAAAUAUUACGAUGCAGAAGCAGAAUUGUGCCGGCCUUGUGGCCACGGGUCAUACCAGCCGAGGGAAGGCGCCUUCUCCUGUAUUCCUUGCGCUCGAGGACAAACCACGCGGGCAACAGAAGCGGUUUCGGCGUCUGAAUGCAGAGACGACUGCCCCGCAGGCGAGCAGUUAGGUAGUGACGGCGGCUGCGAAGCUUGUCCGCAAGGCACGUGGAGGGCUAGCGGAGCUGGUGCGGCUUGCGCCCCAUGUCCGCCUGGUACCACCACACCACAGCCCGGCGCCUCUUCCCCAGACCAGUGCUCCCUGCCAGUCUGCAAGCCUGGGUCGUACCUCAACGUUACACUAAACACAUGCAUCCAGUGCAAGAAAGGAACUUACCAGUCGGAGGCCCAACAAACCCUCUGCAUACCAUGUCCCAUCAAUACUAGCACCAGAGGACCUGGAGCGACCUCCGAGUCGGACUGCACAAACCCCUGCGAGAUGAGUGGCCCCGAAAUGCAUUGCGACGCGAACGCGUACUGCCUUUUGAUACCGGAAACCAGCGAGUUCAAAUGUCAAUGCAAGCCCGGCUUUAACGGAACCGGCAAAAUUUGCAUAGACGUGUGCUUCGAGUACUGUGACAACGGCGGCGAAUGUGUAAAGGAUGCAAGGGGCGAGCCAACGUGUCGAUGCACUGGGUCAUUCACGGGCCGCCAUUGCCGCGACAAAAGCGAGUUCGCGUACAUUGCCAGUGGGGUUGCCGGCGGAGUCAUCUUCAUCAUAUUCCUCGUGCUGCUCGUUUGGAUGAUCUGUGCUAGGGCCAGCAAGAAGAAGGAACCAAAGAAAACACUGACACCUGCAAUCGACCAGAACGGCUCCCAAGUGAACUUCUACUACGGCGCUCACACGCCGUACGCGGAGUCCAUCGCGCCAUCGCAUCACUCUACGUACGCGCACUACUACGACGACGAGGAGGACGGUUGGGAGAUGCCCAAUUUCUACAAUGAGACUUACAUGAAGGAGAGCCUACAUAACGGGAUGAGCGGAAAGAUGAACAGCCUCGCACGGUCGAACGCCAGCAUAUACGGCACCAAGGAAGACCUGUACGACAGGCUGAAGAGGCAUGCGUACCCGGGUAAGAAAGAUAAGAGUGACAGCGACAGUGAAGGUCAA